CGUCGUCUUCAUCGACCAAAAGCAGAACAGUCCCAUAGCCUGAGGUUUAAGCAAGGAACGGAGAAUCCUUCCUUCCUCACUUCACUUCUCAGCUCGCUUCGAGCUUCUCUUCUCUCUCCAAUCGCUGGACAGCGUCGGCCUUCUCCUCCGGAGAUGCUGUGCGUCUCAGCUGUUGACUGAUGCUUCUGAGAUUCUCUAUGGAAGUCUCUGACUCGUUCUCAUUCCGGAAUUCUGCUGUUACUGCUCACUCCGUAGCUGAUGCGCGCAAGUGCUGCCGUGUAGGGGACAAGCUCGGUUUCUAAUUCCCUCUGCUGGCUCUGGUUUGUGCGGUGAACUUGAGAGGGAUAGAGCUAUGGCGGAAGCAAAGGUCAAGUAUGAUCGCCAGCUCAGGAUCUGGGGUGAGCAAGGACAGGCUGCUCUUGAGAAGGCCAGCAUCUGUUUGCUUAACUGUGGUCCAACUGGUUCUGAAACACUGAAGAAUCUUGUUCUCGGAGGAGUCGGGAGCAUUACUGUGGUUGAUGGAUCUAAAGUAGAAGUGGGCGACCUUGGAAAUAACUUCAUGGUGGAUGAGUCAAGCGUUGGUAGAUCCAAAGCAAAAUGUGUCUGUUCAUUUCUGCAAGAGCUAAAUGAUGCUGUCAAGGCAAAGUUCAUAGAGGAGUAUCCACAAGCAUUGAUCGUGACAAACCCGUCAUUCUUCUCCCAGUUUACCCUAAUCGUUGCUACUCAGCUUGAGGAGGACUCUAUGAUCAAGCUAGAUAGGAUCUGUAGGGAGGCCAAUGUGAUGUUGAUAUUUGCUCGUUCCUAUGGGCUAACAGGUUUUGUACGAGUCAGUGUAAAGGAACAUACUGUGAUUGAAUCAAAGCCUGAUCAUUUUUUGGAUGACCUCCGACUAAAUAAUCCAUGGCCUGGACUCAAGAGUUUUGCAGAAAGUAUUGAUCUUACAGUUGCUGAUCCUGUAGCCCACAAGCAUAUACCAAAAGUUGUCAUAUUGGUAAACAUGGCCAGUGAAUGGGCAAACUCCCAUGAUGGCAAACUUCCAUCAACCAGACAAGAGAAGCAAGAAUUCAAGGAACUUCUCAAGUCCAGAAUGAUUGCAAUGGAUGAAGAAAAUUACAAGGAAGCAUUGGAAUCAUCCUUUAAUGUCUUUGCUCCUCGAGGAAUCAGUUCAGAUUUGCAACUUAUUAUAGAUGAUAGCGCUGCAGAACUUCACUGCGGUUCAUCAGAUUUCUGGGUGAUGGUGGCAGCUCUGAAGGAGUUCAUUGCAAAUGAGGGAGGUGGAGAGGUACCCCUUGAGGGUUCAAUACCAGAUAUGACAUCAUCAACUGAGCACUAUGUGAAUCUCCAGAAGAUUUACCACGCAAAGGCUGAGGCUGAUUUUCUUGUAAUGGAGCAGAGGGUGAGGAAUCUUUUAAAGAAGACUGGUAGAGACUCAGCCAGCAUCCCAAAGCACACAAUAAAAAGUUUCUGCAGAAAUGCCCGAAAACUCAAAGUCUGCAGGUACCGACCCAUUGAGGAGGAGUUCAACUCUCCUAGCCUAACAGAACUGCAGAAGUAUUUAACAGAUGAGGAUUACAGUGUUGCUGUUGGAUUCUAUAUACUGCUUCGAGCUGUGGACCGCUUCGCUGCUAAUUAUAACAGUUUCCCAGGGGUGUUUGAUGGGGGGAUGGAUGAAGAUAUAUCUCGGUUAAAGAUGACAGUGGUUGGCCUACUCAAUGACUUGGGCUGCAACGGGCAGACCUUGACAGAGGAUCUCAUCAGUGAGAUGUGCCGGUUUGGUGCUGCAGAGCUGCAUGCAGUUGCUGCAUUUAUUGGAGGAAUCACAUCGCAGGAAGUAAUUAAGCUGAUAACGAAGCAAUUUGUUCCAAUGUUGGGCACUUUCAUCUUCAACGGCAUUGAUCACAAGUCUCAGUUGCUUUUCCUGUAAACAUAUAAAAAAGACGCCAAGCAGAUCCGCAGCGGGAGAUUUACUACUUCCCUUUGGCUCUCUCCCUUGGACCGCACGAAGAAGGACUUGGUCGGAUUUUCACAGUCGGGAGGAACAAAUUUACGAAAGAUAGGAAGGGCAGAAAGCUUUUGUUGCAUUAGUCCUCAUUGGAAAUUUUGCAGGAACAAAAAGGAGCUGCAAGCAAAACGAAUUCUCAUACGCGUUUUCCUCUUGCUAGAUUAAGAUAACCGGGCCUAUUUCGUGCAAAAUGUCUCACCGAAAGUUGUGCGGAAGAGUGUUUUCUUGAAAACAAACAGUUGGUGUUUUGUUUUCUUGAGAACAAACAGUUGGUGUUCUUAUAUAAUAACUUAGCUCUCACGUGAUUACUGCACC